AAGGGAGUGAGGAUACAACCUUUUAUUGAUACACGGGCGUAGUCCCAAAACAUUUUGAUACAGAACUAAAGUCAGCCGUAACGCCUGCUGAACUUGUACACAAAAUGGAAAGAUGCUCAAAAUACUAAAAUUGCGAUAAAUAAAACAAACAAUUGCGGAUUGACUUUGUACAAGAAAUGUUUCUAAAAAUGGAGUUAAUUCUUUAUUUCCUAACAAUAAUGAGCCAUAUUUUCUGCGGAGUUACUCAGGGUUGUCCUCCCAUGGAGUUGUCCUUUUUACUUGACCAGUCUGAGAAUGCCCGUUACGCAGCCUCAACUACGGACCUGUUAGCAAACUUUGAUAUACUGGAUGAACAGCUGAAUUUCAUUAUUAACAAUAUUGUCCUUUACAAUAGCGCAAACAUCAGCAUCGGGGCGUAUGGCUACAGCGGUGCUGAGUCAAUUGAGAUUAUACCCUACUGGUCACCUCCCACCAAUAUAACGAACACAUUGGAAAAGUUGCGCAGUAUCUCUAGCUCUGGCUCGUGGACCUCCUCUGGCUUACGUAACAUUGUGACAGGACCGAGAUACAACGACAGUUUGCUGUUUCUCAUCACAUCCCAGGGAUCAAGUUAUACAACAAGAAGGACUCAAGCCAUUGCCGAGGCCAACAGAGUCAAGAGUCUGGGAUGGAGAAUCAUUGUCAUAGCACUGCAGAGUCGGAAUGCUCUUGACGACAUUGAACUUUCAAGUAUAGACCCUGACUAUCAAAAUAAUAUCAUAUCCGGACAAGACAAAAACUAUUAUGGCCUGGCUGAUAAAGUCAACGACAUUAUUAAUCAGAAGUGCACUAUGUCUACCACUUCAUCAACCUCUGCCCAGACCACUACAGUAUCGGAAACAACAACUAAAGCAUUAUGGACAACUGCAAGACCAUCAUCAACAGCAACAAUGACAACAGCGUUUAUGGCUACUGAUUCCACAACAGCAACAUUGACAACAUCUUUUACGGCUACUGAUUCCACAUUAGAAACAUUGACAACAGCGUUUACGGCUACUGAUUCCACAACAGCAACAUUGACAACAGCGUUUACGGCUACUGAUUCCACAACAGCAAUUACGGCCCCACUAAUGGACAACAGAACGGCGGCUAAAGAUCCUGCAUGUCCUCCGAUAGAGUUAACGUUCCUACUUGACCAAUCUCAGCCAGCGUGUGAUGCCGCAUCCAGUCGCUUUAAAUACGAUACAAAUAUUAGAACAAAAUUCAAUAUACUGGAGGACCAACUAAAAAUUGUUUUGGACUAUCUUGCGGAGUACAACAGUACUGAUACCAGGGUUGGAGCCUACACUUACAGUGGUAAACAGUCUCUGGAAAUUUUACCUGCCUGGACCUCACCUGUCAACGCUGGACAACAUUUGUGGAAACUGAGAUUACUGCCAAACGCUGGAUCUUGGACAUACUUUGGUUUGAGGAACAUUAAGACCAGGCCAAAACAUCAAAACAAUGUUGUGUUUUUGGUGACAGCGCAGGGUUCUAGACAUCCAGUGAAAAGAUAUCAAGCCAUUGCUGAGGCCAAUAGAGUGAAAGAUUUGGGCUGGGAUAUCAGAGUUCUCGUUCUUAAGAGUUCAAGUCCCUAUGAUGUGGCUGAGUUAUGGGGCAUAGACCCACACUAUAUCGUUGUAUCGGACAAACCCAACAGUUAUACUGGACUUUCAAGGGAGAUCAUCCACGUGCUGAAAAGUUUGUGUCACGAGAAGAAGCCCAGAAAUUGUCGAAAUCACGAAAAGCAAACAAGAGACCAUCGUUACCAUGGUGACAGCAGUGAGGAAAAUGAUCUUUGAUUGUUAUAGUAGUACAGAGAAUACUAUGUAUCUACUGUUAGGAUUGUACCUAUGAAGGCUUCUGAUUAGAGUAGACUAUGGCUAUAUUUGUAUUGACCAUUUCAUGGCAGAUCGAGUAAAAUAGAGAAAUAAGAAAUGUCGUUUGAAUUUAUGAAAUGUAAGAUUCAUAUAUAAUUUAAAAAGAAUGUCUACAACAAA